UCUCUCUCUUCCUAGUUCUUGAUUAUCAUUUCUGUAUGACUAAUGCUCGAUGCUCGUUUACACCAAUGUUAUCAUUGUCUAUUUCAUUUUUUACACACUAUUGGUGAAACUCGUUAGGCUCUCCGUAUGAUGUCUGCUAUUGUGCCAAGCACUGUCAAUAGGGAUGAUAAAAACCAAACUGUCGAUCGCGCGGAAGAGAGAUCAAAACUCCAGGAAGACCUGUUAGCAGCUACAAAACAGUGUCACAUUAGAUUUGGUGGAAAAACCGAGUUGGCCACAGAGUCCGAUGCAUGUGUUCAUCAAUUGUGUUGCGUUUUUGAACAAAUUUUCUUUCAUGGACUAAAACCCCAUGCUUCAGAGAAACAAAACCAAUUAACUUCGAUAGCUGCUUUAAGACAGGUAUCGGAAUUGGUGACUGGAGGUGGUUCCAAAAAUUCCGAAAGCUUUUGGCCAUGUAUCCGCCAACAACUGACUUGGCAUGAGCAGGAGCGUUUUAGCGUGCUACAAAAGAUUCAAACGGAUCAAGGUCGUGGACGCGCCUGGCUUCGCGCUGCCUUAAAUGAGCGGUCACUUGAACGGCACCUCCAUUCCAUCAUCAAUCCCGAGGUAAUUGAGCCUUAUUAUAAUGACUGGGCCUUUUUACUCGACCAGGAGAAAUCUUCCAUGCUGCCCAACGUUGCUGCUGGUCUCACAACAAUUCUUUUUGCAAUAAGUAUAGAUAACAGUGAGUUUGACAAUAGUUUAGAACAAAAUAGAUUGAUAAGAUCAAAAAAUUUACAUUCGGAACCAAUUAUCCCUCCAGUAUUACCAGGCUCAUCAAUGGCUUCUUCAAAAGCACGAAAAAAAGUUCCAGCUCAUAUCAUAUCCUUUGAUGAUGAUGAAGAUAACGAUGAUCAUGACAAUAGUAAUGAUAAGCAUCGAAAUAGUUUAUCAGUCAGUGCAUCUUCUGCGUGUUUAAGUUCACCAGUAGCAACAUCAACUAACGAAACUCCAUCAACUCCAACUUCAACAACUUCUACAUCAAAAUUGCAAUCAAGCACAGAUAUGGAAGACGUUGUUUUGGAUAUUAAACCUAUUACGUGGACCGAAAGAGAUGCUUACGAGGAAGAAAGGCUUUUAACGCCACUGACUGAUACCGAAAAUAUGGGUGGAUUAGUACCAGUCUCACCAUUGAGCAAUGCUCUGGAUGACAUGAUGAUUAGUUUGCCAAGUUACCUAGAAGAUUCAGAAGUGGCUGAAGCAGCAGUGGAAGCUACCGAGCCGCUUGUAAAUAUGCAACUUAGUGAUGACAGUUUAGAUGUAGAAAGUUUGCGUGCUAGACUUUCAUCAUUAAACAACGUUUUGGAGCAAACACGAGAGGAUGCAUUAACUAGUAAAUUUCAGCUAGCCCGUUUUCAAAGACAACAUCAAAAUUACCUCGAAAAGCAUGAAUUACAAAUACAAACUUUAAAUAGGGAAAAUGAAUUGCUUCGCCAACAAUUGCGCAAAUACGUUACAGCGGUUCAAAUGUUAAAAAAAGAUUCAGAUACGAACAAUAUUGUUUCCGUAGAAGAUUCGUCUUUAGACUAUCACAAGGAAUCUCAAGAAUAUCAACAUAAAUUAGUUCAAGUGGCCGAAAUGCACGCCGAACUCAUGGAAUUCAAUGCUCGAUUAACAAUGCAAUUGACAAAUAAAGAAAAACUGUUAAAGCUGCUAAGAGCAGAAUUGGAAUAUCUUCGCGGUCCAAUAAAUGAAGAAGAUUUGCCUUUAGAAGUGCCAUGCUUCAUACAUAUAUGGAUACCAUCUGCAUUUCUAACGGGUCAACCAUCAGAUAUUCACCACGUUUAUCAGAUAUACGUUCGUAUUAAAGAUACUGAAUGGAACAUAUACAGAAGGUAUGCCCAAUUUUAUUCAUUAUAUCGAGAACUGAAGAAACACGAUGCACUGAUUACAUCUUUUGAAUUCCCACCGAAAAAAACUUUGGGAAAUAAGGAUGCCAAAUUUGUUGAAGAAAGAAGACAAAAAUUACAGCAGUGGCUAAGACGAAUCGUAAAUAGACUUUCUCAUUGUUCACCAGCAUUUUUAUCUUGCCCAAGCAAACAAACACUCAUUUCACUGAUGCCUUUCUUUGGUGAUUUUCCAAACGUUGAAGAAGUUAAAAGAGAUAAUUCUGCCAGGAAUACAUACUCAUCGUCGCCCCAGUAUAUGGGCUUGUAAUUGUUAUAUUUUUAAAUAAUUUGUAAAUAUUAAGUAUAUAUGAUACUGUACAUAUUAAUAUAUUUAUGUAACUUUUAAAUAUUGAUUUCAAGGGAGAUUAAAAUAAAACUUUUUUUUUUACUGACCUUAUUUUCGGUUCAAUUUUUUCUAGGUUUAAAAUUAAAAAAAAAGUUAUUUGUAUUACUCCCUUGAUUCACUAGGCGUUGAAAUGAUUUGUUUCUUUUGUGGAUUGUAAAAAUGAAUUUUAAACAAAGUGUUGAAAUAUAUAUAUAUAAAAA